AUGUCCUUCAUACUCGAACCAUCAUCCAAAGCCUAUCGCGAGCGCAAAUCCAAGAGACAUCACUCGCAAUCGCAAUUGCAACCUCAAGAUCAACAACUUCAAAGCCAAGCUCAACCUCAACCUCAACCUCAAUCUCAAACACCACCUCAAAAUAAUCAACAAAACAUGUCAAUGCAACAACAACAAAAUGGCGGGCAACUCGCCCACAAUUUCCAACCCGAAUUCCCCCAAGCAAAACAACCCGAAACCAGCAAACCCCGCUACAAAGGCGGAAACUACGGACCCGGCACCAUCUCCCAACGGAUCGAAAAAGCCAUGACCGAACUCGAGCAUCAAACCUGGCGCUGUCGGCUCGACAAACCCUCGGGGCUCCUAGAAUACAUUGACCCCAAAGCGGUGUUUGCCUCGCCCGAAUACGGCAUCUUGACCAACGAUUCGGAACCGACGCUUAAGGAAACGCUCGAGGAUGACGAUAUGCGGACCUGGAAUUCGUACGAGAUUAAGGAUAUGAAGAUUGUGGAGGUGAGUAUGAUGGCUGCGACGGUGGUCUAUGAUGUCACGGCUAGUAUUACGGAUGAGAGGGGUGGUCAGAAGGGUGUUUAUAAGGCUUAUUGUACGAGUUGUUGGAAACAGGAGGCGAGUGCGGAGUGGAAGUUAUGUACUUAUACUGAAGCGCCGCAUCCUUAG